UGCGCAAGGCAAGCCGGCCCGACGCUGCUCAACUUUAUUCAUCCUCUGGAUGUGUCAACUGCUCAGCUGGCGCAAGCCUUGAAAGCGAACUUUUAGAUUUACAAGAGGGAGAUCGGGCCUGGAAAGUCGCAAUCUGUAGUUACUAUACGAAAGCUUGAUGGAGCGCUUUGCCAAUGUGGACUGGGUGCUCCUGGCAGUCUUCGUCUGCGUUCUUCUUUACUUGUACGCUGCGAGGAACAGGAACUACUGGAAGAACCAAAAUGUUCCGCACGAGCCGUUCUCCUUGAUCCUUGGCCCUGCAAUGCGUCGUCUGUUCAAGCCCAUGCCCCUUAUUGACUACGAAAGAUAUCGAAAACUUGGAAGACUGUUCGGCAUCUACGAAGGCGGCAAGCCGGCGCUGGUGAUUGCGGAGCCGGAUUUGAUAAAACAGGUUCUCGUAAAGGACUUCGCCUCCGUUUCCGAUAGACUGCCGGGCAACUUUUUUGACCCCAUUGUGGACAACACGAUGGGUGCGGCGUCUGGAGAGCACUGGAAGAAGAUUCGCACUACAGCCAGUCCUGCCUUUACUACCGGCAAGCUUCGUAAGAUGAACGACUUGGUCCUUGAAUGCGUAAAAAACACGUCAAAACACCUGAGACAGGCCGGCGACAAAAAGAAAGAUGUGGACAUAAAGCAGUUUUUCGGCGAUUACGGGCUGGACAUCAUUGCCAGAUGCGCCUUCGGCACGAAAUUGGAUUCGCACUCAGACUCUUCCGAUCAAUUCGUCAUGAACGCUAACAAAGCUUUUGCUGCUCAGUGGUCGCUUCCGUUUGUGAUAUCAAAGUUGUUUCCUGGCGUGGCGGGCGCCCUGAAGAUAGGACCUUUAAACUCGGCGAUCUUCCAGUAUUUCAAGAAAUUUUCAACGAACAUAAUGGAAAACCGGAAAAAGAAAAACCAACGGCACGAGGACUUCCUGCAACUCAUGAUGGACGCUCACGAGGGAACACUCACGGAAUCACCCGAAACCUCUACCAACAGGGAAGCCGCCAUGUUUGAUCUCGAUUCGAAGAUGAGCGUAGACAGCAGUCCGGCACGCAAUGUACUGAGUGAAGACGAGGCCUUGGCGCAGUGCGUGCUGUUCUUUCUCGCCGCCUACGACGCCCUCUCGACUGUGCUGUCCUGUGCCGCCUACCAGCUGGCGCUCAAUCCGGCCAUUCAAGACAAACUGCGCCGCGAAGCCGACGAAUGCUUUGCCACACACGGAGAGGAUCUGAACUGGGAUAUCGUCAGCAAACUGCCUUAUCUGAAUUGCGUCAUAUCAGAGACGAUGAGACUGUAUACGCCUGCAUUCAGGCUAGAUAGGACCACGGUCGAGGACUAUGUUCUCGGAGAUACAAAAAUCAAGGUGCCCAAGGGCUGCGCCGUUAUCAUCCCAGUCUACGCUUUGCAUCGGGACCCAGAAUUUUUUCCCAACCCUGAAGUCUUCGACCCUGACAGGUUCAAUGACGCGAACAUCGCCUCCAUUAAGCCCUACUCGUACCUACCUUUCGGGGCUGGGCCCCGGAACUGCAUUGGCAUGCGCUUCGGAUUGCAAGUCGUCAAGUUUGGGCUUCUAUACGCUAUUCGUGCAGUGGAGUUUGUGCGUUCGGAGAAAACAAAGGUUCCACUUCAAUUUGAGACAGCUGCAGUCAGCGUGUUGAAGAUAAAGGACGUCACCAUUGGGAUACGAAGCCGCGCGCAGUGAUAACCUUUGCAGCGGGCGUGCUCUUUUUGCUCAAGUGAAGUUUGCACUUCUGCAUUAAAUUUCGUAGGUCUAUUUUA